AUGAGUACCAGAGGAUUGUUGAAUUCUAUUCUUGGGGCCCUGCUCCUUGUGCUGCUGGUUGCAGUGCAAGUGCAGUCUGCACCCGCAGAGCAUGCUCUUGAAGAGCUUUACGGGACUAUCAAAGGCAACAACUUGGUAAAAACAGGUGGUACUGUCCAUGUCUCGUUUGAUUCAAAAACUGCAGCUUUAUACGGCACAAGCGAGAUCUAUGGGUGUACCGUCGUUGUCGUGCUCGAUGGCCAGGGAGCUGUCAUCGGGCAUUACCCACAGGAAUAUGGGUCAGAAAUGACGAUGGACAACGCAGAAGCAACACAAAAGAAGAUCAUCACGCCUCUGGAGGCAGCUCUUGAUCUAAUCGACUUCACAACUCAGACGCAGGCCUAUAUCGUGCACUCCUCGGAUAAACCGUUCAAAACUAAACAGUCCAUAGGAUACAAGGCUAUUGUUCAGGCGCUGACUGACAAUGACAUGUCCGAAACCAAUAUCCACUCUAUGCCAUACGCUGCUGGUUACUCUAUAGUGGGACACAGGGGCAAGGUUGUCGUACAAUGGGAACUGAAAGAAGAUGGAGGUGCUAGACUUAAGCUCUAUGUUCAGGAUGAGUUACCUGUCUACCUGCGCGAUUUCGAUGAAGACAGGAACCCAUGUACAGAGAUUUGA